UUUGACCAGCUGGUUGUCGUUGGUGUUUGGACUCAUAUUCACUGAAAUCGAAUCAUACAUCAUCUACUGGAUUGCUGAAUAUUAACCAUCAGUAUAAAGUGUACGAGUCGGUUUUAUCCUGUCAUCAUGAAAGAAUCUCGUUUUUACGUAGAGAUGAUUUUCGUUUUGUUGGUCUUAGUUGUUGAAUCUUCAAAGCCAUUACCCAGCGAGCCUUAUCUAGUUUAUUCUAACCUCACCAACCUACAUAUUAUUGAUCUAAAAACCUGGCGGAGCAUAAAUAUACUUGGUGGACUGGACCUAGUUGUACCUCUUGGAGUAGAUACUAAAAACCAACACAUCUACUUUGGUGAACAUGUUUUGGGAAAAAUUUAUCGAGUGAAUUAUAACGGUAGCAGUCAGGAAUUGAUUAUGGAGAACGUCACAAAUAUCGAGGGAUUAGCGAUAGAUUGGAUCGGACGAAAAAUCUAUUGGACAGCUUUUUUGUCGGAAACGAUUGAGGUAGCGACUCUUGACGGCAAGUUCCGAAAGGUCUUAGUUAACACUGGACUUCAAUAUCCUCUCGGCAUGGCAGUUGAUCCAAUUGCAGGCUUUCUUUUCUGGACUGACUGGGGGGUAAAUGCCACAAUUGAACGAUGUGAUUUGGACGGAUCCAAUCGAGUUAUUUUAGUUAGCAGAAACAUCGUGUUGCCACAUGGCAUCACCCUUGAUCUAAAUACGAGACGAGUUUACUGGAUUGAAUCUUGGUACGACACCAUCAGUUCAAUGGAUUACGAUGGUAGAAACAGAAAAGUAAUAUUUGAAAAUACUGGAUUGUCCAUCUCUAAUCUCUAUGGUUUUGAUUUGGACAUAACAGGAGAUUCAAUCUACUUCACAGAUUGGCAGUUUAACCUGAUUAUUGGAGUUAAUAUCAACACUGGUGCAAUUUUUAAAAAUAUUUCUGUUCCGACAUCUUUAUCCAUGCAUGGUUCAAUGGGACUUCGAAUUAUUGAUAGAUCUAAGCAGCCAGACGGAAUCAUAAUUUAUGAUGACUGCAUCGACUACCAUGAAAAAGGAUGCAGCAGCUCUGAAUAUUUGUCUUCUAUCAAAGCAAGAACUGCAAUCGGUUAUUACAAUAAAAACAACAAACUCCCUUGUAAAAGACGUACUCACUCUCAAAUUUGUGGCGGGUAUGGCUGGACGAAAUUGGGAACAGUAAACACGACGUUGAUGGAUGCUUCUUACAACUCGGCUAUAUGGACAUCAUCAGGCCCAUAUCAAACCGCAUUUAAUCCCAUGUUUUGGAGCACAAAUGUCAGCGAAGUGUGUGUCAUGGCUGGUGGUAUCCAUUUUAAUGUUUCAGUUAAGGCUCCUUCAAUGCGUAGUCUGUUUUUCGAGAAAAAAAAGUUGUACUUGUCUUCCCAAGAAUGGUUGAAAGGUAUCAAAAAUUCCAAUUACACAACAAAGUUUAACUUCGUCCCAGGCUGCUACGAAGCAGGAUUUAACGUUGGGGAUCAUUACAAUUCAACAUCUUUGCGUGCACGCUUUGGAAUUGUCAGCCUGAAAAAAGAAGGUUGUCCCAGUGAAGAUCAAGCCAUUGGUAUAGGAUUACACAUUCCAGGUAAAUACCGUCCGUUAACAAUAUACUCAUCCGCAUCCUGGUAUUCAACUGAAGUGGAAACUGAGUACAUCAAAAUUUACGUACGCUCACGUUCUGUCAACUACAAGCCGUUGUGAUGACGAAUGUUCCUUUACAAAUAAAGAAAAUCGAAAAAAAAAAUGGCCGGCUAAAGUUUUAAAUGCAGAGUCCCAAGUCAAAGAACGCUUUGGAAGUAGGGUUAGGAUUUCUGUGGUGAACUUUACGGAUUAACUCUUGGGAUUUGGAUUUAAAAUUGAAGCA